AUGCCGGCCCCCGCGAUGUCUCAAGCCGCGAUCGCGAAGCGCGAUCAGUUGACGAAGUCCACGAAAUUAUCCCUGAAAGUGGAUGCCCAGGUCUUCCUCCGAAUCGCCAAGCACGCAAAACAGACGUACCCAAACAGUGCUUCCGGAUCCCUUUUGGGCUUGGACGACGGGAAGAACGUGCGGGUUACCAACUGCUUUUCCUACAAAACCAAGCAGGACGGAGAGCCGUCGGACAACUUUCUGGAGUACCAGUACGGAGUUCUGAAGGCUAUCGAAGAGGUGCGCGGGGACGCAAACGCUGUUGGAUGGUAUAGAGGUUUUUGCAUUUAUUUUACAAGGUGGUGCGUAUCUAUUGGUAUUGCAUUAUCACCAUCACAUCCUUUUUUACAGUUCGCGUCUCUGCAUGACAAAAUGAUGCUCAUCAUAUGAUAAAUUAUCCAAAGGUACGAGUCAACGCACCACGGUAUUUUCCUCACGGAGGCAUUCAUUGAGAACCAGUACCAGUUUCAGAAGGAGGUCCCGUCCGCGGUGGUUCUGGUAUACGACCCAGCAAAGCAGAAGGUGGGCACCUGCGGCUUCAAGGCCUACAGGCUCACAGACGCGGCGAUGCACAAAAAACUCACCAUGAACAUCGACGAGGUACUAGUUUAAGAUGAUUUUGAAGAUAUCUUUUGGCAUGAUAAAGUGAAUGCAGAAUGAAUAUUUACUACGACUUGGACACCACUUUGUGCGUCUUGCGCCUAGUAGUAGUGUAUGAUAAAAAAUUAUUGACCCGAAAUAAGAAUUACAAUUAUCCGAUGUUCAUGUUAAAUUCACUUCUAUCCCUAUGAAACACGACAGGACACGGACCCUUUCGCAGACUUCCCGUCUUCCGACCUUUUGGAGGAGGUCCCGGUCUACGUCCACUGUUCCCCGUUGGUCGAAACCUUGAUGCUUCAAAUGGACGCCCAGUCCACCGCUGCGUUUGAUUUGGACUCCGCGGGCCCGGCCAUGGACCGCAACCUGCAGCUCUUGCUCGAAUCUUUGGAAGAGCUGUCCCAGCAGCAGCGGGAGAUGCAGAUGUACGAACGGCUGACGCGGGCGCAGAAGGAGAAGCAGCAGAAAACGCAGCGGGUGCCGAAAGCGGUGGAUACCCUGAACCUGACCAAGCAAAUCCAGGCCCACUGCGCCACGGUGGAUGAGCACGCACAGGACACGUUCGCGAAGCUGUUUUUGUUGGACGCGAAAAUCAGCAAGGACCCGAAGGACGGCAACAGCAAGGUCAGGACGGUCAUGGAAAAAUUGCAGAACUAAAAAAUUAUACUAGUUCUUGUGCGAUGUUGAAGAUGAGCAGUAUUGUGGUGGAAUCAGCUGCAAAUACUUGACACAUCUACGGCCAGCGGUUUUGGUUUCACACAAGCAACCGCAGAAAAAGGAUAGCAGUACACUGACUAUAUUAAACGAAAGGAUUUCAACAUCACCGAAUCGGCAAGAUGAAAUGCAAAUCUUGUGCUGGACGAGCCAAUAAAUCUGCUGGGGUACAUCAACUCUACGUUUUUAGAACUAGAAGUAGGAGCCGCGAUACAAGAACUUGUACCACUGGAAACAGCGGGAUGAAAUGAAAUUCGUACCUUUUCAGAAUUCGUCGAUUUAUGCAUCUAACGACAUUGCGUGCGCAAAUUGUUUUUAGGAUUACCAUUUACUACUACUCCAAC